GCCUCCAUGUGUGAGCUAACGAAGAGAGGGCGGAGGAGAAGCGGGCCGGCUGACAGCAGCUAGCAGCGGUGCUAAGCUAACGUUAGCAUUAAAGUGCUAUUUUAUAGCAUUAUUGUUUGUGUAGCGGACACGGGCGGAUUAGCCGUGUUGCUAGGACCUCGUGUGGAAAGAGGAUCUUAAAAAGCUGUCAUUGCAGCCUGAGCAACAGGUGGCUCCGUGGCGCAAUGGAUAGCGCAUUGGACUUCUAGUCAAGCACUUGAGGAGUGAUUCAAAGUGGUCGGUGUUGCUGGCUCAGUCACUGCAGCCACUAGAUGGAGGCUCCCCACGGCUGUGCAGCGAUGUCAGAGGAGGCGGAGAGGCUAAUCGGAGGAGGGUCGGGCAGCGAGUCGAUGAGAGUGCCGAUGAUGGCCACGCUGAGGACGUCCGUGGCCUUUCUGCUUCACCUGGCUUCCUCUGUGGCGGCGCCGGUGCCGUGUGAGGAGAGGGUGAGCCGGCUGGAAGCGGAGAUCCAGGGCUUGAUGAACGUGAUCAGUGAGCAGCACCGCUACAUCCAGGAGCUCCACAGCAGCCAGGCGCAGCAGCUGCAGCAGAUCCCCAACUCGUACCUGGGCCUCGACGACCUCUACAGAGACUGCUCUGAGGUGUUUGAGGAUGGAAACGUGGCCAGCGGGCUGUACGUGAUUCGCCCAGACGGCGCUCCCACGGCGCUGAGCGUGUACUGCGACAUGAACCACGGAGGAGGGUGGACCGUCUUCCAGAGGAGGAGAGACGGCAAAGAGAGCUUCGACAGAGCGUGGGUGGAGUACAAGCAUGGAUUCGGAGACCUCUUCUCUCCUGCUGGAGAGUUCUGGUUGGGCAAUGAACCCCUGCACCAUCUGACAUCACAAGGGAACUAUGACCUGCGCAUCAACAUGGAGGACUUUGAGGGGAACGAGCGCUUCGCCGAGUACAAGAGCUUCAAGGUGGACGGCGAACAGGACCAGUACCAGUUACAUCUGGGCGAGUUCACUGGGAACGCUGGCGACGCUCUGGACGACGCCCACGUGGCGGGACCGGGCAGUCCAUGCGCAGACGGGGUGAAGUUCAGCACCUACGACCGGCCGAACUGCAUCGACGCCGACGUUCAGUGCGUCAGACACAGCAAGUCGGGCUGGUGGUUCAGCAGGUGUAACGCAGGUAACCUGAACGGUCACUACUACGACGGGCCGUUCGAAGCCAUGACGGACGACGGCGUGGUGUGGUACACGUGGCACGGCUGGGCCUACUCCAUCAAGUCUGUCGUCAUGAUGAUACGAGCGUCCGACCUCGAAGCGCCGCCUCCAGCGGACGUUUACCUGCCAGGCGGUCCUGACGUGGUCCCGGCGGCGGGCCGAGGCGCUCCGUGAAGCCGAGGUCACUUUGAUGCUGUGAAAUAAAGUCAGAGCGCCUUCGUAUGA